AUGACCAAGUACCUUCUCGAGCACGGCGCUGACCCAAACAUCGGAUCGAAUCCUGGAAACCACACGGCUCUACAUUAUGCCGCGAUUUCAGAGCAAGGCGCAGUGGAUUCUACAUUGGUCCGCUAUCUGAUCCAGUAUGGCGCCGAUGUCAACGCGGCUGCUGAUUCGCGCUGCUUCUCAUCCAGUGGACGGAUAGGCGAGCGGCUACACGAGUGGUUCUUUAAUCCAAGACCAGACAAGUGGGGACUCGUCUAUCCAAUUCACCGUGCUGCUUGGUCAGGUGUUCGUAGCAGGAUGGAGGCCCUGCUGGAAGCAGGCGCUGAUAUCAAUGCAAGAACAAGCAUAUAUGGCAGUACUCCCCUGCACCUGGUAGCACGAGGUGGAGAAUCAGUUAUGGGAUGCGUCGACGGUGGAGGAGGAUCUGGGAAGAGCCAAAGUAUAUGA